AUGGCCGACCCGUUCAGCAUCACAGCAGGCGUGAUCGGUAUCGUUGCUCCAGCACUCCAUACGACACGUCUUCUGCUGAACGACCUUCGGAAGAUCUCUGAGGCGCCCUCCGUUGUUAGCGCUCUUUGUGAAGACGUUAGCUUCGUCGAAGGGACGCUAGAGUCACUGGCGGCAGUCAGUGAGCAGCAAUGGAGAGCCCUGGGUGUGGUGGUGGCCAAGCAAUCCGAGCAUGCAAUUGCGGCCUGCACGACGUCCUGUGCGGAGUUUAGGACCGACCUGCAACGCUGGACCCGACACUGA